GACAUCCCUCUGCGAUCGAGACCCGGACGCUCCAUCUCGCAUUCCCUCAAUCUCUCCUCCUCUGCCAGCAGGAAGAGCCGACAUGCUGAGCCUGGAACCACCGACGCCCACUCUGCCUCUGCUAGCCUUUCCAUGCCCCCGCCCUCUUCGAUUCCUCUAAAGAGCCCCCGAGGUUCUCUCUGCCGCACUCGUCGAGAAUCAAACAACUCGCUCGAAGCCUGGAGCGAUUCCACCUUGCAGUUUGCCGACGUCGACGAGCUCGACAAUACCCCACGCCUCAUGUCUGGGUCUAGCCAGCAAGAUUCCACCGCCCCAUAUCGCCCCCUCCCAGAACCCGCCCUCACAUCCCGAUCUUCUUUUUCUUCCGAGUCCGACCUCAAGGACAAGCGCACAUCGGUUUCCAGCAUCUUUUCCGUCUACUCCCUGGCCUCGGCUCGCGGUGCCGCCCCAACUUCGGUCCCCGCCACCCAAUCCUCCGCUGCUUCGACGAACGGCUCCGACGGUGGCCCUUCGCGCUCCGUUUCCGGCAUCAUGUCGUCAGGAAAACCUGUCACGAAUGCCUCGCAGCCCGGUGCCGAGCUCUCCAACGUCACUGUAACCACCUCCUCCAACGGUCAAAAUGCCAACGCCGCCCCAGGUGGUCAUCAUCUUGCACCGCGCGAGACCAAUACCCAUACGCACCACGAAGUUAUCAAACGACCUCCCCGUCCCGCCCAGCCAACUCGAUCCCGCAGCCGCAACAAGCGCAGAUUCAGCGGAAGCACUGGUGCUAGCAGCCACAGCCCCAGCAGCGAUCGGGGACCCUAUCACAACAAGGAGAAAGAAGAGGGUCAGUCAAGAGAUACAAGCGCGCCUCGACAACGUAUACCGACAAGCUCUAAUGCACCUGCAGUCAAGCCAGCGCCUUGGGGUGUUAUUGGAGUGUGCGCUUUGGAUGUCAAGGCCCGCAGCAAGCCUAGCAGAAACAUUCUGAACCGACUCAUUGCUAAUCGCGAGUUCGAUGUCGUUGUGUUUGGUGACAAGGUCAUUUUGGACGAAGAGGUCGAGAAUUGGCCCAUGUGUGAUUACCUCAUCUCUUUCUACUCGGAUGGCUUCCCAUUGGAUAAGGCAAUUGCCUACGUCAAGGCGCGAAAGCCGUUCUGCGUCAACGAUGUGCCGAUGCAGAAGAUCCUCUGGGAUCGUCGUCUAUGCCUCAACAUUUUGGACGGUAUUGGCGUGGCUACGCCGAAACGCAUCGAGGUGAACCGCGAUGGCGGGCCAAAGCUUUUAACCCCAGACACUGCGAAACAUAUCAAGGAGAUUACUGGUAUAACCUUGGAUGCCGAAGACCUGGGCUACAACAGGCUCCCCCGCAAGGUUGAACUGCUCGACGACGGGGAUAUUCUCAGCGUCGACGGCGCUCUGCUCAAGAAGCCCUUUGUCGAGAAGCCUGUCAGCGGUGAAGAUCACAAUAUCAUCAUCUACUUCCCCAAGUCCACCGGUGGUGGUGCCCGCCGGCUGUUCCGCAAAAUCGGCAACAAGAGCUCCGAGUACGAUCCAGACUUGAACAUUCCUCGCGCUAUUCUGGAGCCAGAGAAUAGUUAUAUCUACGAAAAGUUUAUGAGAGUCGACAAUGCCGAGGAUGUCAAAGCCUACACUGUGGGGCCCACGUACUGCCACGCAGAGACUCGGAAAUCUCCCGUCGUCGACGGUGUUGUAAGGCGAAACACGCAUGGCAAGGAGCUGCGUUAUGUUACAGCCUUGGAGCCCGAAGAGAAGGAGAUCGCGAGCAAGAUCUCAACUUCUUUCGGCCAAAGAGUCUGCGGCUUCGACUUCCUACGAGCGGGUGGCAAGAGCUAUGUCAUCGACGUCAACGGUUGGAGCUUCGUCAAGGACAACGACGAUUACUAUGAUCACUGCGCCAACAUUCUCAAGGACGUCUUCGUCAAGGAGAGACUUCGCAGAGGCGGCGUCACCUCUCCCGCGCCGUCGCCUUCUCCCUCGGAUAUGACCGACCCAUUGGCAUCUCGCGGAAAGGAGAAGGAGGCUUCGCAACCUAUUCCUGUACCACAGGCGCAGAACAAGUCCGUGACCAAUAUACCGGCUGUUUCUGAGAAGCUGCCCCAGGAGCCGAAGCCCGCACCAGCGAGUGCACCACCUCAAAAGUCGGAGAGUGCACUCCCCUCUGCUGUCACUAGUUCAUGUACCAGCCCUACUCUCCCUCCUCCGCCUCCGCUGGUAGAUCCUACUAUUGCGAGCGUCCCUUCCACCGUGGGAACGGGGUCGGCCACUCCAUCCGCCACGCCUUCACUGCAAGGAGAGGGCACCGCGCCUCCGGCAGAGGAGACUCCGGUGCCGCCGCCACCACCAAAGCACUCUUGGAAACUCAAGGGUAUUGUGUCCGUCAUUCGACAUGCUGAUCGAACUCCGAAGCAAAAGUACAAGUUCACCUUCCAUACAGCGCCCUUCAUUGAGUUACUCAAGGGACAUCAGGAAGAGGUGCUCCUCAUUGGAGAGGCAGCUCUGGCCAGCGUAUUGCAGGCCGUGGAUGUUGCCUUGAAAGCUGGCGUGGAAGAUCGCGCAAAGUUGAAGUCGUUGCGCAAUGUCCUCGUGAAGAAGGGCGGUUGGGCUGGCACCAAGGUCCAAAUCAAGCCAAUGUUCCGGAAGAAGAAGACGGAAGAGGUCGCAGUCUCGUCGGGCGAUGAGCUUUCGCAAGUCUUGAAAGAAGGCGUCCAGACGGAUUUCGCAGAGAAGCCUGACGACGGCGCCGCAAAGACGGAAAACUCAUCACCAUCUAGGAUGCCACCCAAGAGGCAUGACUCUCUGUCUGGUAUGACCAUGUCCCGCAUCACAGCCGCAGAGGAGAGCUUGGUUUUGGAGAAGCUUCAGCUCAUUGUGAAAUGGGGCGGUGAGCCGACACACUCGGCACGCUAUCAGGCCCAGGAACUGGGCGAGAACAUGAGGAACGAUUUCAACCUGCUUAACCGAGAUGUUCUUGAUGAGGUCCACGUCUUCAGCAGUUCCGAACGCCGCGUUACAACCAGUGCGCAGAUUUGGGCCUCUGCUUUCCUGGAUCGCAAAGACCUACCUGAAGACUUCAUCACUAUCCGCAAGGACUUGCUCGACGACUCCAACGCUGCCAAGGACGAGAUGGACAAGGUGAAGAAGAAGUUGAAGGGUCUUCUCCGCAAGGGUAACGAGCGACCUUCCCAAUUCGCUUGGCCGGAAAAGAUGCCCGAGCCAUCAGAGGUUCAGACGCGUGUUGUCCAACUCAUGAACUUCCAUCGUCGUGUGAUGCACUACAACUACAGCAAGCUGCACAACGGUAGUGCCGUUGCUUCCUUGAAUAACGCCAUUGCCAACCCGGGCUCUGAGAAACCUGUAAAUGCCGAGGCAUCAGGUUCGACAAGCUCCAUGUCCUCGUCCCCGUCUCAGACAAAUGCGGUGAGUAACAUCCAACCCAGAUGGUGUUGUGGCGAGGACUCCGAGCUCUUCAGGGAACGCUGGGAAAAGCUUUUCGCGGAGUUUUGCGACGGAGAAAAGGUCGAUCCUAGCAAGAUCUCUGAGCUCUACGACACGAUGAAGUUCGAUGCUCUGCAUAAUCGGCAGUUCUUGGAAUGGGUCUUCACACCGCCCAAAGCCAUGCUAGAGGAGGAGUACGGUAUCAAGGACAAGGAAAAGGACAAGGACAGCAAAGACGGCAGCAAAGACGGCAGCAAAGAGGUCAAGACUGCCGAGAAGACAUCCGAUGAGGGGAAGUCGUCGCAGGACUCCCGCGAGGAAAGACGGGAUUUUUCGGGAUCCAGCGAUAAGGCAGACAAGAGCGAAGCCAGCAAGAGCUCGACAUCUGUGAGACGUAUCUUCCGACGGCGGUCGUUCCUCAACGGUCUGCGGCACGUCGAGGCAGCCCCGCCUGAACAGUACUUCCACCUCUACAAGGGUAAUACCCAGACCAAGGCAAAGACUGAUGCCAGGUUUGAGCCGUUGCGGGAAUUGUAUCAGCUUGCCAAGGUUCUAUUCGACUUCAUCUGUCCUCAAGAGUACGGUAUCUCUGAUGGGGAGAAGCUGGAAAUUGGUCUUCUGACGUCGCUGCCGCUGCUCAAGGAGAUUGUCCAGGAUCUUGAAGAGAUGCAAGCAUCGAACGAUGCCAAAUCCUUCUUUUACUUCACCAAAGAGUCCCACAUUUACACCCUCCUCAACUGCAUUCUGGAAGGAGGGAUCGAGACCAAGAUCAAGAGAAGCACUAUUCCCGAGCUCGACUAUCUUUCGCAGAUCUGCUUUGAGCUGUAUGAAUCGGAGACCAAGGCCCCUGCCGCCACACCCGACGGGGGCGAAGAGCAGACUUUUGCCUACAGUAUCAGAAUCACCAUUAGCCCCGGAUGCCACGUCUUCGACCCGCUGGAUGUCCAAUUGGAUAGCAAGCAUUGCAUCAGCUGCGCUCCGCGACGCAGUCUGACCCCUCACGGCGACUGGAUGCAAGUGAUCCGCACUCUGAGGGCCAAGUUUAACCAAGUCAAACUUCCCAAGACGUUCCUCGCAGUGAACUUGUCAGAUCUCUUUUCCGUCGAGGAUCAUGAACGACGGGAUAGUGACAGCGAGGGGCUCGAAAUGAAGGGAUUGCAUCCCAAGCCGAAGGUAUCAGAGCAGCAUACCACUGCACAGUCAGAAGUUGAGAGCGGGAUGGGUAAGGAAGAGCUGGUCUCAGCAGGCCAAGCUCUUGCAUCAGCCUCAUCAGUUGUCAUGGAAGAUGAGGAACCCGUCAGCCCGAGAACCAAGCCUGACGCUUCAACUGAGACAAUCUCCCAGGUGACAGCAGAGUCUACUGAGUGAUCGAGUAGACAUGCUGAGCUUAUAUCUUGUAGUCAUCGACACAGGAUCACAAAGAUACGGUGGGAGGUACAUGAUAUGAGGAAAGCGACAAACAGGAGGCGGAAAACAUGAGUAGCAUGGAUAGACUUGAGCGCAUUAUUAGCAACGAUAGCGGGAAAAUCAAACAGUAUCAUCCAAGAUCUUGG